CGGACCCAUCCAAUCCAUCCAUCCAUCCAUCCAUCCAAAGAAAUGUCGGCGGACACCAAGGCCCACGAGGAGCUGCACCAGGAGCAGAAGGGCGAGAAGAGCAACAUCCAUCAUUCCGAGGUCCUGGACAAUCCGGACCUCCUGCACGACGCCGUCGAUGGGGAGAACCGCGAGCAUCAGCUGGGCGUAUGGGAGGCGGCCAAGAAGCACCCCUGGGCCUGCCUGUGGGCGUUCACCAUGUGCUUUACCAUCGUCAUGGAAUCGUUCGACAUGUUCCUGAACACCAACUUCGUCGCCCUGAAAGCGUUUCAAAAAAAGUACGGGGUCCAUGUCGACGGCGACUGGACCAUCCCCACGCGCUGGCAGAGUGCCCUGUUCCAGUCCGGGCAGUGCGGUGCGUUCAUCGGGGUGUUCCUGGCCGGCCCCGUCACCAACCGUCUGGGCUACCGCUGGACGACCAUCCUGGCCCUGAUGAUGAUGAACGCCACCAUCUUCAUUUCCUUCUUCGCCGACUCCCUCGCCGUCAUGGUGAUCGGACAGGCGUUCGAGGGCGUGCCCUGGGGCUUCUUCAUCGCCAACUCCCCCGCCUAUGCCAGUGAGAUCGUCCCCCUCUCCCUGCGCGCCGCCUGCACGGCGACGCUGCAGAUGAGCAGGUCGAUCGGGUCCAUCAUCGUCGCCGGGGCCACCUAUGCCUACAAUAACCGGUCGGAUCAGUGGGCGUGGCGCAUGCCCCUGGCCCUGCAGUGGAUCUUCCCCACGCCCCUUCUUAUCCUCAUCUUCCUCGCCCCCGAGUCCCCCUGGUGGCUGAUCCGGCAUGGUCGCAAGGAGCAGGCGCUCCGCUCCAUCAAGCGUCUCGGCGCCACGUCCCAGGAGGAGGCGCAUCAGAGCCUGGCCAUGAUGGAGCGCACCGUGCAGAUUGAGGCCGAGAUGGGCGGUGCCCCGACCCUCCUGGACCUGCUGAGGGGGACUGAUCUGCGGCGUACGAUCAUCACUUGCCUGAUCUACGCGUCCCAGAACUUUGCCGGCAAUCUGAUCGCCAACCAGGCGACCUAUUUCUUCGAGCAGGCCGGCAUCUCGCCCAACAUGGCCUUCCAGCUCAACCUGAUCAACUCGUGCCUGCAGUUCGUCGCCAACGGGCUGUCCUGGCUGCUGACCACCUGGUUCGGCCGGCGCACCAUCUAUCUCUGGGGCACCGCCACCAACAUCACCCUGCUCAUCAUUCUCGGCAUCUGCGCCUCGGUGCCCCAGAACCACCAUACCAACUACGCCCAGGCGUGUCUCGGCGUCGUCAUCUCCUUCGUGUUUGCCGGUACCCAGGGCCCGAUCUCGUACACCAUCAUCUCCGAGACCUCGUCCGUGCGCCUGCGCGCGCUGAGCACCGCCGUCGGGCGCGCGGGCUACUACGUGGCGGAGAUCCCCAUGAUCUACCUGUCCUCCAAGAUGCUCAACACGACCGGAUGGAACCUGGCGGGCAAGUGCGGCUACGUCUGGGCCGGCACCGCGACCGUCUGCUGGGUCAUGGCCUACUUCUUCCUGCCGGAGCUCAAGCACCGCUCGUACCGUGAAAGCGACAUCCUCUUCAACCGCAGGCUUCCGGCGCGGAAGUUCAAGUCGACCGUGAUCGGGGUGGAGGAGAACGAGUGAAGCGUAUUAGACCGAGCAGGGAGGCUCGUUUGUGUUGCCUACACGGUCCCCACCGUGGCGUUGUUGUCAGUCCCCAGGAGCUAGAUGUAGUAUGUUGCAACCCUGCAGUUCUGCUUACCCAUGAUGUUGCAGUCCGCCUG